CGUUUCGCGCCUACCCAAUCAUGCUACUCAGUAGCAUCGUGUUCAGAUCGGGCUCGAAUCUGAUCGUGUUCUCGCGUUGCGUUACAACACUCAACAAGUGGAAGACAUGUGCGUAUUCCGCCACAUUGGCUCGUUCGUGCGUUUGUGGUUAGUUAUUUUAUAGUGUCGCACGAUGGAUCCACCGUCGUUCACUCGCGAAUAUUAGAGAGAGAGACAUGCUCGACAUUUUGAAAGCAAAGCUCGCCAUGUGUAACCUGUCUUAUACAACGAAAUCAGUAUCGAGGAGCCGAAUUUGAGUUUGACAAUCGGAGAAACGUCAGGAAAAGAUGAGACGAAAGGCGGGAAUAGGUGCGAUACAAAAGCAGAAGCUGGAGCAGGAAAAGUAUCGGGACAAGGGCACGGAAAUCCAGGAAAACCAAUUCGAGCAAAUGACCAAGCACAUGGAGACGUUUCGCGUGAAUCUCGAGGAGUUCGCUUCAAAGUACAAGAAUGAGAUCAAGAAGAACGCAUAUUUCCGACGUCAGUUCACGGAGAUGUGCGCCUCGAUUGGCGUGGACCCUUUGGCAUCUGGCAAAGGUUUCUGGUCGGUGCUGGGUAUCGGCGACUUUUACUACGAGCUGGCUGUCCAAAUCGUUGAGGUCUGCAUGGCAACGAACUACAAGAACGGUGGUCUGAUAUCGCUAGACGAGCUGAGAACGCGUUUGAUUCAGGCCAGAGGACGUAGAAAGGAGCAUCAGGAGAUCACCAACGAAGAUCUGCUAGCUGCUGCAAAGAAGUUGAGAAUAUUUGGGAAUGGCUUCUCCGUAGUUCCCAUUGGCAGGGGAAAGCACUUGGUGCAGUCGAUACCUGGUGAACUCAGCAUGGACCAUACUGCAGUAUUGAGUCAAGCUAGCUUGUCCACAAACGCCUAUGUCUCCAAGUCUAUUCUGUGUAAAGAAUUGAGAUGGGAGGAGGACAGAGCACAAAAGGCUUUAGAUCACAUGAUGAAAGAAGGACUAGCCUGGCUGGAUAAGCAAGCGAAAGAUGAGACGUUGUAUUGGUUUCCUAGUUUAUUCACAGCUUGCAUUGUUUCCAAAGAAUGAACUCGGUG